AUCAGGGUCACCUGCACUUAGUAUAGCAACACCAAAAUGACUUAUGAUGAGGUUUCAUUUGAGGACGGGGUCCUUUUCUUAGACUUUGAUAACUACUCAGAGCCGCUGGAGAGUCCUAACAACAGUAGUAGUGAUACUGAGUACACCUGUAAUGACGGAGCAGGUCUCCAGCUGUUUCAUACUGUGUUCCAACCCCUGGUCUACAGCCUGGUGUUCCUUCUGGGCCUGACAGGUAACGGGCUGAUGUUGACGGUGCUGCUGAAACGCCGUGGCCUCCUGAGGAUCACAGAGAUCUACCUGUUACACCUGGGCCUGGCAGAUCUGAUGCUGCUAGCCACCUUCCCCUUCGCACUGGCACAGGUGUCCUUGGGGGUGGUGUUCGGAGACGUCCUGUGUAAGCUGAUUGGGCUGUUGAACCGACUCAACUUCCUUUGUGGGAGUCUCCUCCUGGCGUGUAUUGGCUUCGACCGUUACCUGGCCAUCGUGCACGCCAUCCCCAGCCUCCAGAGCCGACGCCCUAGGAACAUACACCUUACCUGCCUGGCUCUGUGGCUCCUCUGUCUGGCCCUGUCUGCCCCCAACGCGGUGUUCCUGUCUGUAGGGGAGAGUCCCAUAGACCCGGCACAGCUCUCAUGCUUCUUCCACAGUCACGGUCUCCAUGCCAACAACUGGGAUCUGACGGAGCGGCUCCUGACCCAUGUGCUGUGUUUCUUCCUGCCUCUCGGGGUCAUGACGUACUGCUACACUGCGGUGGUGGUCACCCUGCACCAUAGCCAGAGAGGUCAGCGCAGCCUGGAGAAACAGGGAGCCAUCAAGCUGGCUGCACUAGUCACUGCUGUGUUCUGUCUGUGCUGGCUGCCCUACAACCUCACCAUGCUGGUGAAGACCCUGGUGGAUCUGGGGUUGGUCUCUGGUUUGAGCUGCCUGUCCCGGACCAGUCUGGACCAGGCCUUGGUGGUGACAGAGAGCCUGGGGUACACACACUGCUGCCUCAACCCGCUGCUGUACGCCUUCGCUGGGGUGCGGUUCCGCCAGGACCUCCUGAGGCUGCUGGCCCACUGAGACUGUGGGGUGUAGAGGGACUGUCCCGUCUGUGGUGCCGGCUGGUACCAUCUCGGUCGGGAGGGUCUUCCAGUGAUGGUUGCCAGAUGUCGGUUAAAACUUGUUUAUCUUGGAAGUGUAUAAACUGAGAGAUCUCUUUGUCUCUCAUUCUGAUAGCAAGAGGCAACAUACAGUGAGGGAAAUAAUUAUUUGAUCCCCUGCUGAUUUUGUACGUUUGCCCACUGACAA